AUGGCCGUCGCAAGACCCGCCGCAAGAGCGGCCCUCAAACGAGCAAUCAUCCCACCCACAUUCUUCACCUCCCCGGCCGCCCGACGCACCAAUUUCAUAAACCCACGAUACUUCACCCAUUCCAACCCUCUAAAACUCACUUCUCCCUCCCCAUUCUCCUCCGUCCUCUCGACCUUACGAAAAUCCAAACCUUCCAUCCCAUCCGCCCGACAAUUCUCAACAUCUUCCCGUCGUCCGUUAGCUAGCCGAUACUUCUCGUCCUCUGCGGCAGCAAAUGGCAAUGGACACAGUCAGACCGUCGGAGAGCGUAUGCGCGCUUUAUUCAAGGAGUACGGCAUGUCUGCUGUCGGUGUAUAUUUCCUCCUAUCGGUCCUGGACUUCCCAUUUUGCUUCCUCUUCGUGAAAAUGGUUGGGACGGAGAAAAUAGCACAUUACGAACAUAUCAUUAUCGAUGGGUUUUGGAAUGUAAUGCCGGAGACAAUACUGCAGUUUAGACCUGCUGCUAUAAAGGAAGCUAAAGUUGAAGCCGAUAGGGUGGCAGUUGGUAUUGGAAGUGAUAUCGACGCUUUGGCUCAUGGUGAAGGUGUGAUGGGACAAGGGGCUGUGAAAAAUGGCAAUGGAGGAGAAGCGAGUAUCUGGACGGUACUGAUACUGGCAUAUGCAGUCCAUAAGAGCUUGAUAUUCUUCAGGGUACCGUUAGCAGCAGCAGUUACCCCAAAGAUCGUACAGAAGUUAAGAGGGUGGGGGUUCAAUAUCGGAAAGAAGGGAGGAGUCAGGCAAGGAGUUAAAGAUGCUAGGGCUAAUUUGAAGGAGAGAAGAUCGAAAAAAGGCAAGAGGAAGAACGAUGAUGACGACGACUGA